AUUCUGCAGGGGCUGCACGCUGCAGAGGUGGAGAAGAGGCACCAGAUCUAUGGCCACAACGAGUUGGAGAAGCAUGAAGGGACGUCUAUUUGGGAAUUGAUAGUGGAGCAAUUCAAGGACACUUUAGUUAGGAUAUUGUUGGCCGCUGCCGUCAUAUCUUUUGUUUUGGCGUGGUAUGAUGGGAAAGAAGGUGGCGAGAUGGAGAUCACGGCUUUCGUGGAGCCGUUGGUGAUUUUCCUUAUAUUGAUUGUGAAUGCGAUUGUCGGGAUUUGGCAGGAGAGCAACGCCGAGAAGGCCUUGGAAGCGUUGAAGGAAAUCCAGUCAGAGCAUGCUGCUGUAGUAAGAGAUGGGAAGAAGAUUUCCAGCCUCCCUGCUAAGGAACUUGUCCCUGGGGAUAUUGUGGAGUUGAGGGUCGGUGAUAAGGUGCCUGCAGAUAUGCGGGUUGUCAGUCUGGUCAGCUCUACGCUAAGGGUCGAGCAAGGCUCUUUGACGGGAGAGAGUGAAGCUGUGAGCAAGACUGUUAAACCUGUUGCCGAGCAUACUGAUAUCCAGGGCAAAAAAUGUAUGGUUUUUGCUGGAACGACAGUGGUGAAUGGUAACUGCAUGUGCUUGGUCACUGGCACUGGAAUGAACACUGAGAUAGGGAAGGUGCAUUCACAAAUUCAUGAAGCUGCCCAGCACGAGGAAGAUACACCGUUGAAGAAGAAGUUGAAUGAGUUGUUGGGAGAGGUUCAAUAGUGGAUCAUAUACCACAACACUAACAAUAUAUUGGUCGUGCAAAGAAGAAUUAUCCUCUGAAGACUGAACUAAUAUUUUGAAACCUUACUGCAAAUAAGGCUAAAAUGUUCACGAUUGGUUCGUUGAAAUUCUGAAAGCAAAAAAUGUCAAUUAAGAUCAAAUUAACUACUUUAACAUGGAUAUGGUCGUGAUUAGUUGAUUAAGUUUAGUGUAGUAGGGAGAGAGAUGAUUAUUAUUAGUAUUGUGGCCAUUCUUGACGAACUAAGCAAAAAAAGAUAGAAAAUGGUAGUCGGAGAAGAUCGUAUAGUUGUUGCAAUAUGGAUUUGAGUGUUGAGGUAAAAAAAAAAAAAAUGUCAAAACACAACAUAGUGUGGUACGUACACUAUGUCAGUGCAAUAACGGUGUGGGACGGUG